AUGUUUAGGUAAUUCGUGAGCUCUUUAGUAAAAGCAUAAAUUAAAAUAGAAACUAUCAAUUUGUUUGGUUUUUAGAAAUCACUAAUAUAUUAAACACAUCCAACAUCAUAUACAAUAUGUUAUCAGCAAAAAUACUUAUUUUCAUAUAUCUUUGUAGUUUAAAAUGAAAAAUUGCUUAAAUACGAUCUAAUACAUACAUACAUACUUUAUAAUAUUAUUACAACUACUUUAUUUUAUAAAUGUAUUUAAUUUAUGAUUCUAAAUAUGUACGUACAUAUUUUGACUUUUUAGUCAAAUAUAAUUUUUUAUUAUUUAAUUUAGAAGGUUGGAAGGAAUUACAAAAAAAAGACAAUAAAUUCUUUGAAAAUAAAAAAAACAAAAAAAAAAUAUUUUAUAAGUAAAUACAAAAAGCCAAUAAAUAUGAAAAAACUGAAAUAAAAAAGGGUUGUAAUGAAAUUUAAAAACAUUUUAUACUUUUCUAUUUCUUUAAAAUAAUUUUAUAACAUUAUUAAUAUAAAUUAUAGUUAUUUCUUAUUUGUCUUUUAAUAACAAAGAAUAUUUAAAUAUAUUAAAAUGCAAUUAAAAAAACAGACAUUAAAUAAAGAUCAAAUAUAUUAGUCAUUGUAUUUUUUUAUUAUAUUUUGA